GGGAGGAGGACCUCAGUCACAGCAGCAAGCGAGCGCACUGAGCAGAUGACAGCAGCAUGCUCGGAGUCACAAGCAAAUGAGAGGAAGGAAUCAACUUUGGCUUUGAGUGUCUGACCUGGGUACGAUUCCUUAAACAAGGAGAUGACCAGUUUAGCUAUUGCCCAUGGACUGAAUCACAGAAAACUGGAACUGGAUUGAAUCAGAAAAACAGCGAAUGGCUUUCUUUUAUAGGAUGUCUGAACAAAGCAAAAUUCUCAAGCAUGUUUUGCAGAGUACACUUGAUGGCUUAAUCUCUUCUAACUGGUCUGGACUGCAGAAAGGAUCAAUACCAGAGGAAAUGAAACAGAUUGUUGAGGAACAGAGAAAUAAACCACACUGGGCAGCUCUUCUGAUACUUGUGGUGAUAAUACCCACCAUUGGUGGAAACACCCUUGUUAUUCUGGCUGUUUCACUGGAGAAAAAGCUACAGCAUGCUACCAAUUACUUUCUUAUGUCGCUGGCGGUGGCUGAUUUGCUGGUUGGAUUGUUUGUGAUGCCAACUGCACUCUUGACAAUAGUUUUUGAGGCUAUGUGGCCCCUCCCACUUGUUCUGUGUCCUGCCUGGUUGUUUCUUGAUGUUCUAUUUUCAACUGCAUCCAUCUUACAUCUCUGUGCCAUUUCAGUGGAUCGCUACAUAGCCAUCAAAAAGCCAAUCCAGGCCAAUCAAUGUAACUCCCGAGCUACUGCACUCAUCAAGAUUACAGUGGUGUGGUUAAUUUCCAUAGGCAUUGCCAUUCCGGUCCCUAUUAAAGGGAUAGACACUGAUGUGCCCAACCCAAACAAUAUCACCUGUGCACUGACAAAGGAACGUUUUGGCAAUUUCAUGCUUUUUGGCUCCCUGGCUGCCUUCUUCACACCUCUUGCAAUCAUGAUCGUCACCUAUUUUCUCACCAUCCAUGCUCUCCAGAAGAAAGCUGACUUGAUCAAAAACAAGGCAUCUCAACGUCUAAUGUGGCUGAACGUGUCCACAGUAUUCCAAAGAGAUGAAACUCCUUGCUCAUCACCUGAGAAAGCAGUAAUGCUGGAUAGUUCUCAGAAGGACAAAACUCUGCCCAACUCAAGGGAUGAAACCCUUAUGCGACAGACGUCCACCACUGGAAAAAAGUCGGCACAGACCAUUUCCAACGAGCAGAGAGCCUCAAAGGUCCUUGGAAUUGUAUUUUUCCUCUUUUUGCUUAUGUGGUGCCCUUUUUUUAUUACAAAUAUAACUUUAGCUUUGUGUGAUUCCUGCAACCAGACUACUCUUGAAAUGCUCCUGGAGAUUUUUGUGUGGAUAGGCUACAUUUCCUCAGGAGUGAAUCCUUUGGUCUACACCCUCUUCAACAAGACAUUUCGGGAUGCAUUUGCCCGAUACAUCACCUGCAAAUACCAGUCUACAAAGCCAGUAAAAACUGUUAGAAAGUGCUCCAGUAAGGUCUACUUUCAGAAUAUGACAACAGAGAACUCCAAAUUUUUCAUGAAACAUGGAAUGCGAAAUGGAAUUAAUCCUGCCAUGUACCAGGGCCCAAUGAGGCUCGGAAACUCAACCAUUCAAUCUUCAAUCAUUCCAUUAGAUACACUUCUCCUCACUGAAAAUGAAGGUGACAAAAUUGAAGAGCAAGUCAGUUAUGUCUAGCACAUCUGGUACAGUUUUCAUCUAACAAUGAUAAGCAAGCUGAUGAACAAGCCUGCAAGAAUAUGUAAGGAAGAAUUUUAGGUCACAUGUCAAAUCAUCUCUUCAAAGUAAGAGUUAAACAUUACAAUUAUUUAAUUUUCUUGUUUGGACAAAAUAACUCCAUGAAAAAAAUAAUUUUGUACAGCUAUGAACAAAAGCCAUCCAGGUUAAAUAUGGUUUUCAAAUGAAAUAAAAUCAAUAAAUUUCAGGCUU